AUGAGUUCCACAAAAGCGAAUGUUCACAACUGGCUCAGCCAUCCACAUAACCAGUGGGCUUUCACACACAUCGAUGAGAUCCUAUCAACCGCCGUUGUACAAAAGCCACAGAUACCUUCGAACCCACAGCGAGGCUCUCUAGACCUGUCUGGCUUCAAACUCGAUCAUGGCGGGGAUAAAAUCGAUUUCAAAACAUAUCUUACGGAAACUAGUACAGAUGGUUUAAUGAUAUUUCAACAUGGCAAAGUCCUUUACGAGGAAUACUUCAACGGAAACACUAAAGAAUCCAAACAUAUUCUCAUGUCCUUGACGAAAUCAAUCACGGGACUCUUAGUCGGAAUCGUACAAUCACAAGGCAAGCUAUCUGUCUCCGACCCAGUCACGAAAUAUGUGCCGGAGGUCUCAAACACAAUCUGGAAAGAUGUAACCAUUCAGCAAUGCCUCGAUAUGCGAGUCGGCGCAAGAUACGUGGACGGUCAACACGAAUAUCGCGCGGCUACUGGUUGGAACCCCAAGCUCGGCGGCGAGAAAUACAACACUCUGAAAGAGUUUCUGGCAGGUUUUGUGCCGCAAGAAAUCAUCGAUGAUUCAUUCGAAUACAUCUCGGCCAAUACGGAUUUACUCGGUUGGGUUCUCGAGCGAGCGACUGGAAAGCCGUAUCCCCAGAUCUUACAAGAACUUUUGUGGCAACCUAUGGGCGCUGAAAGCGACGCUCUCCUCACAGUAGAUUCAGAAGGUUUCGCUCGUGCGGCUGGCGGACUAUGCGCCACUUUACCAGAUGUCGCACGCUUAGCACAGCUCAUAUUGAACGACGGCAAGAAUGCGGACGGUGCACAAAUUGUGCCAGCUGAGUGGAUCGAAGAUGUCUUGCAUGAAGGCUCGCAAGAUGCAUGGCAGAGAGGUCGUUUUGCGAAAGCUUUUAAUCCAUUCUACGAGAGCCUGGCUUAUCGAUCGUGCUGCUAUGCAGACGAGAACAGUGAAGUUAUCAUGGGGUGGGGCCUGUUUGGACAGCAUUUUGCAGUCGACAAAAGAAAUGGCAUCGUACUGGUGACGACUGCCAGUCAGAAGGAUGCACUUGGAUUUGACAAGAUUGGGAUGACUGUGGGGGCGUUCAAGGAGAUCCAAAGAAUCUUGACAAGUGGGUAG